AUGAGAAUCAGCACCUCCAAAUCCGAGGCCAUGGUGCUUGACCGGAAAAAGGUGCCUUGCCCUCUCCAGAAUGAACCACAGCCAGGCAAUGAUAGUUUGAGAAAACUGUUGAAGGAAAAAGCCCCAAAUCUCCUCUUGGAGUUCGAAUCAUCAGGCAGUCUUUCCAUCACGUCACGAAAACUGCUUGUUAAAGUAUCUGUGAGCCAUCUCGUGGAACAGAAGGGAUUCUAUCCCUCAAAGGAUGACAAAAUACUUCUGGCUAGAAGUAUAGUAACAGUCUUUCCCUCGCUAAAGAUAAACUACCAGGAAAAAAAUGAAGGAUUUGAGCAUUUCUUUGACCCAGUUUCCCAUUUGAGGACCGGUGUAGACCCGUGCGGACCGAUGCUGGACUCAAACAUGAAGACUGUCAUUGUGCUCUUUUGUGCGUUCGCUCUGUGUGCGUCUGAAGAUCUGAACUUUAUCAAACAGAGACACUUCACUAACAAGUCACAGAAUGUGGAAAUGAUGGUGGAUUUAUCCCGAGUCUUGUCACAAGUGGAUCCCCGGUUUCUGUCUCUCACCGUAGACGCCAGCCUGGCGUCAGAGGAGAAGUUUCUCUUCCUCUUGGGCUCUUCUAAGGUCAGAGCUCUGGCCAGUGCCUUAACUCCAGCCUUUCUGAGGUUUGGUGGAACAAGACAAGACUUCAUGGUGUUUAGUCCUCAGGGUGUUCGGGGCUCAGCUUUGCCUCCAGCUGCAGGUGUGUGUGGCACUGGACUGCCCUCUUGGUUUGAGGAUAAGCUGAAGAAGGAAUGGAUCAAGCAGCAAAUACUUCUUAAAAGAGAGGAUCUACAGAAAAAGUAUAGAAGAGUAAAGUUUACAGAGACAACAAUAGACCAGCUGUACUCUUUCACAAACUGCUCUGGGAUGGAGCUGAUUUUUGGGCUCAAUGCUCUGCUGAGGACGCCUGACAACCGCUGGAACAGCUCCAACGCACAGGCACUCAUGCACUACUGUGCAUCCCGACAGUACGAGAUGUCAUGGGAGCUGGGCAAUGAACCAAACAGUUAUGAGAAGAAAGCUGGCAUUCGAGUCGAUGGUUUCCAGCUGGGAGAGGAUUUUGUCCACCUCAGAAAGAUCAUGGCAGAUUCAAAAUUCUAUAAUAAUUCUAGACUAUAUGGUCCUGAUGUCGGCCAACCCCGAGACCAUAGAAUUGACAUACUAGAUGGAUUUUUGCAAAGUGGAUCUGAGGCAAUUGACGCUUGUACAUGGCACCAUUAUUACGUGAAUGGGAGAGAUACUUCUUUGGAGGAUUUUCUUGACCCUGAAGUUCUGGACACUCUGACCUUAAAGACUAAUGAAGUAUUUCAGAAAGUGAAAGGGGUAUCUCCACUGAAGAAAGUAUGGCUUGGAGAGACGAGUUCUGCAUAUGGAGGAGGAGCGUUGGGACUCUCCAACACUUUUGUUGCAGGAUUCAUGUGGCUUGAUAAGUUGGGCCUUGGUGCUAAACUGGGCUUGAAUGUCGUCAUGAGACAGGUGCUCAUUGGUUCUGGGAGUUACCACCUUAUUGAUGACAACCUCGACCCCUUACCAGAUUACUGGCUGUCUGUCCUCUAUAAGAGACUGGUCGGGCAGCAAGUGUUGUUCGUGAAAGCGUUUGGUUCCUACACACUUUUGCAUAAGAGAGUGCGACUUUAUUUGCACUGCACAAGCAAAAACCGUUCCACAAAUGGAGCAGUCACACUGAUGGCGAUGAACCUGAAUCACAAGGCAGCGAGGGUGUCAGUGCCGGCACACAUGGCCUCCAGCACAGUGGUGGCUUUUGUCCUGGAGUCAGACCAGCGUGGGGAGGAGGGACUCUGCUCCAGAUCUGUUAUGCUAAAUGGAGAGGUGCUGAGGAUGGUGGAUGACACAACCCUCCCGGCUCUCACAGGAGCGUCUCUGUCUCCCUCAGAGCACGUCCACCUCCCCGCUUACUCUUUAUCCUUUUUUGUGUUCAGUGAUGUCAAGGCACCAGCCUGCAUGUCUCUAUAA